AUGGCCGCUUUGGCUUUCAUCAAUCCGCUAUGGGGCUACAUGUCGCAAGGCCCUUACUGCUCGCUUCCUUUGAGACCAUUCUGGUACCGACUGGCGCUGCAAUGGAUUCCCCGCUAUUUGAUCACCAUAACCAUCCUUGCCCUCGCAAUCGCAAUCUAUGCUCACGUCGGCUUUGAAUCCCGUGCAAUAUCGAAUUCGGUCAAAGACACCACACCUUCCGUCUCAGCCAUUACCCCAAGACACUCUGUGGUCAGCCGGGAGGACGGUUCAGCAUCUGGUCCCGAGAUGUCCCAAUAUCAGGCAAGCCAAUUCUGCAGAGGCUCUUCGGUGGUCUCCAUGAUCGGGGCAUCACGUAGAGGAUCUGGUGUGGCCUCAGUGGGCUCUCACUCUGAUCUUGCCAAUGACACGACUCGCGCAUAUUCGAUCCCAGGAAGCUCACGCACAGUGGAUCGCUGCUAUAUACUUCCGCAAUUACAAACAUACGACACCGCCAAUAUGGGAGACGCGUCCAUCGUCGACAAGGAAAGCGAACCACCCCGAAAUGGUAGCGAGGACCAAUCUGAUGGAAACACCUCAUCUUUAUCAGAUGCGCCACCCAGGCACCUGCAACGCCAACAAGCUCACAAAAGGGCCCGCAUCCACCGCCAACUACGCCUCAUGUUCGUCUAUCCCAUAGUCUACGUCCUCAUCUGGCUUUUCCCCUUCAUCAACCACUGCAUGACAUACAAAGACGAGUUCGCAGCACAUCCAUUAUACUGGCUAUCUAUGAUUAAUGUCAUUUGCCUCACUUCCAUGGGCGCCAUCGACUGCCUAGUCUUCUCCCUCCGCGAGCGCCCCUGGCGCCACAUUCCGUCCUCCGAUGGCUCCUUCCUCGGCUCCUUCAUGUGGUGGCGCACCUUUCCGCACGCCAACGGCGCUCCCCUACCCCCGCAUCUCCGUCCCAACGAGUCACAGCGCUGCAUGAACCCAGACGCAAGUCCAGGCACGCCGAACGCGCAGCGAGAACUGGAGGGUUGGAGGGGCGGAGUAAUGCGCGCGGGUAGGAACGUAGUUACGCAAACCAGAAACAGCGGGAAUAGCUCGGAUCAGGCGAGGACGCAGGCUGUAAUGGCGAGGAUGAGGCUGGAGUUGGAGAAGGAGGACCGAAGGGUGGCGCAUAAGGCUUUAGAAGGUGAAGAGGCAAACUUGACGCCGAAGGGCAAGGGGAAGGGGAAGAGGAGGAUGACAUUCAGGGGAUUGUCGACUAUCGAGAGUCCGGCGGUGGAGAAGAAGGUAGAGCUUGGGGUGAUGGGGGAGGUUGAGGCGUCGGCGGGAGGCUAA